UGUUGGGUACCCUGGGAAUCACAUGUUUAUUUUGGUGCAUUUUGUUUAUACCCACAUUUUUUUCACCUAGUUUUUAUCUAUACUUUUUGUGCCUUGUUAUUACUUAUUACUGUUUUACGCAGGAAUUCUUCCUCGAGAAAUGGGCAAACGAGGCCAACUAUCUCGCAAUGAAGGAGAAAGCGUUAAACGCUAUCCACGGGGCUGGCAGAGCUACGCCUUUACACCUGACAGAUUUAAUAAAUUUUUUUAUGAUCACCUGGCAAGAGAGGGGUUUAAAGCCACAAGAUUUUAACAAAUUAAGUGUUAUUUAUCCAAGGGUUCCAACCCAAGACAACACUGACGACUGUGGAAUUUUUGCGAUGAAAUUUAUGGAGCUGUGGGAACCGCGCAACCGACAAAGUUGUUGCUUCUCCAGGAGCGACAUACCAAAUUUCAGGAUCAAGCUUGCGAAUGAAAUGAUGUUCUCACCAGAUAACAUAGAAGUACAAGCAAAGAUUCUAGUCGACAACUAUUUCAGAAAGGGUCAAGUAUGAGUACUCAUCCAAGGCACACACACACCGUAGAAGUUUCACAGAGC